AUGCAAACUUCUAUUAUGAUUAACGAUCAAACUAAAACAAAUGGCUUUAUCCUUAGUUUAAUUUCUCUUGGCUUUAAUACAUUUGCAUGUUUGAUAUCAUGCAUAGUUUUUCUUAUUAUAAUAUAUCAUCUUUUUUAUAAUCAUGUCAAACGUGAAGAUAAAAUAACUGUUGUUCUUUGUGCUCAUAUAUAUUUAACAAUUUUAAUGUAUUCAUCAUUGUUAAUAUCAAUGAAUAUUCGAUCGAUUCUGGGUGAUUUGUAUAAUCAAUCUUUUGAUUCAUCAUGGUGUAUCUUUUCAGGAUAUGUAGCUGCUGUAUUGCUUGGUAUGUUAUACUUGAAUUUUCUAAAUCAGGCAUUUUAUCGUCUUAUCCGAAUUGCUUAUUCUCAAAGUAGACGAUUUCAAUCUUUAAAAUUACAUCUAAUUUUACCAAUAAUAGAAUUAAUAAUAGUAACACCUAUUCUUCUAAGUGUUCUAAUACCUUUGAAUGGUGUUAUAUAUUUGCCAAAUGAUCACUUUUGUUGUCCAAGAUUCACAAAUAUUCCUAGUAUUUUUUGGGCAGCGUUUGUUAGUUAUAUGUGUCCACUUUGUUGUAUAUCAUUCAUUUAUAUACAUAUAACAAGAUUUAUUCAUCGACAAGGAAAUAUUCAAACAUUAAUAAUCAAACAACGACAAUCCCGAGACUUACUUAUUAUUCAACGUAUUUUAAUAAUUGUUAGUUUAUUACUUAUUCUUGGAAUACCUUCAAUCGUUCUUAUAUUUAUGUUUAUAAUAACAGGUGUAGAACAUCCAUUACUUGCUCGAAUUUCAUAUUUUCCAGUUAGUGUGUCUCAAAUGGGAUUGAGUGUAGCAUUACUUUUUUCAAUUCCACAACUAAAAAAUAUUAUUCUAAACUUACGAAAAACAGGCACAGUGAUGCCUGUCAGUCGAGUUGUACGAGGCACAAUACAAAUGAGAACGAUUACCGGUACUCAAUAA